AUGGACGCGAUUAGGGAAGAGGCAGAAGCAUACGCAAAAGAACACAUGGCAAAAUACGCCGAUCCAUGUCACGACUGGUGGCACGUCGCUCGUGUCCGGGAUACCGCACUACGGAUAGCCCGAACCCUCAACCCCCUCCCAGAUCUGGUACUGGUGGAGUUAGCGGCACUCUACCACGACCUCCUCGACUCCAAAUUCCACGCCUCCCCCACCGCCGCCCACCUCGCCCUCUCCACCCACCUCUCCCACACCCUCCUCCUCCCACCCCCCCUCGUCUCCGAUAUCCUCCGUAUCGUCGGUACGGUUUCCUACAAGAAAGAAGUCGCAUACCGGAGGAAAGUGGAGGAGGAGGGAGAUGGGGGGAGGUGUGGGUGGAGAGAGGGGUGUUGCGAGUUGUGGUGUGUACAGGAUGCUGAUAUGUUGGAUGCGAUGGGUGCUGUUGGGGUUAUGCGCGCGGCUUCAUUCAGUGUUAGACUUGGACAACCAUUACACCUACCGUACGGCAUUCGCACCUCGACUAAUCCCCCCACCACCAUCCCCGCUACCCACCCACAGGGCCACGACAACGACGAAGAUAGCUUAGCGAACCUAAGAUUAGGCGCAGGCCCCCCAACCGCAACGCGACAUUUUCCGGAUAAGUUAUUGAGACUGAAAGAUAUGCUCAAAACGGAGGAAGGGAGGCGGAUGGGGGUAAGGAGACAUGAGCGGAUGGUGGAGUUUUUGAGGUGGGUGGUUGAUGAGGAGGAGGUGGGAGGGUGGGAGUGGAAGGUUGGGGGUGCGUCGUGUUGGUAUUGA